GUCUUUAAUUUGACAAUUCUUUCAUAAAUCUAACCUGUACAAAAUUCUUAUUCAGUAACAAAAAAAUUCUUAGUUCUAAAAAUUUUUUGUUGCAAAAUUUAAAAUGGGUGUUAAAUUCGCUGCUGAUGACAGUGUCGAGUCGGAAUUAAUUACGAUUUGCCGUCAAGAUAAAUACGACUGUAAUGCGUGGUCUUGGGAAGAAACAAUUUUUAAAAAUCGUCCUAAAUCUAGAUCGGCCUUUUUAGCAGAACACGUCGUUUCGUUUAAUAAGGUGAUAAAUGAAGUCGUUAGAAAAUCCUUUUUCGGAACAUUCCUUCGAUAUUUUAAUCCAACACACGAGCAAAAUACAGAAAUAAAUGGGGACAAAUUAGUACUUUUUAAUCUUAUUUUAAACAGUUUGGAAGUACCUAAAAGAAAAUUAGCGGAAUCCUAUAAUAGAUUCACGGAAGGAUUUGACGAGAUGUUUAUGAACGCUAUAAAUCAUGUUAAUGUUAUUGAUUUUGAUUAUCUUUACGAGCAAAUUAAAACAUUAAGAAUCAUGUCAUAUGAGAUGAAUACUUUGGAUGGUCGUAUUGGUUUAUUUAAAAAUCUUCAAGUUUUGGUUCUUUCCGGAAACUGGCUAACGGAACCAGAAGGAAAAGUUUUUCCUAGGAAGUUAAUCUUUUUGGAAUUAUUCGCAAACGAUGUCUCCCAGUUGGAGAAAUUGUGCAAAAAAUUGCCAAAAAAGUUAAGGUACCUAGGACUGGGAAGGAAUUCCUUAAACGACGAUUCUGGUUUCCAUCACGUAUUUCGAAGCAAAAACUUUAAUAAUUUAAGAUGUAUAGAUUUCUCGAACAACGACAUCUAUGAUUUAAGAGGUGUGGUGAGAAGUUUAAUCGACCUCAAUAACUUAAAAGGUUUGUCAUUAGAGGGCAAUCCAUGUUGGGCGCUUCCCAAUUAUAAACAAUUGAUUUUAAAAAAAUUACAGUCAUUGUUAUUUUUGGAUAAUACAGAAAUUUUAGAAACAGAUAAAGCAACUGACGAUGUUGGAGGUGGAUUCGAAUUUAUGAAUCUCGAUAGUAAUAAACCAGCGUUAAUUUUUAACUGUUUUAGAAUAAUUAGUUUACCACCACCUCCAAAACAAAAAGGAAUCCAACAUUUUUUUCAUAUCGAAAUAAAUCUUCCUUUACUCGAAGAACUAAAUAUUCCCGAUAAUGUUGAAGAAAUAGAUGAAGGAGAACCAACAGAUAAAAAAUCGAAAAAAGGUGAGAAAAAGAAAAAAGAAAAAAAAGGAAAAAAGGGAAAAGAACCCAGUGUUUAUGAUGCACCGAAUGAAAAGGAAAUAAAGAAUAACCCAAAUUUCAAAACUGAAAGACAAACAUACAAUAAAAUGAUUGAAUUUCCGGAAUUAACAAUAGAAUCACCAGAAGAUGAUUUAAAAGCAAUUAGAGAUUGUUUCCGAAGUAAGAUUAACAUUAAAAUUAUUUACCAACAAAUUCAACCACCACAAAAACCUAAAAAAGAGAAGAAAGGUAAAAAAGAUAAGAAAAAUAAAAAAGAUAAGAAAGGUAAAGAUGACAACCCAAGUGAAAAAGUUAUAGAAACUCCAAUCAUUAAAAAAGAACCCACAGAAACAGUUUUAAAACGGAUUACGAUCGGUAAUUUCUUUUGCGACCUCCAUCCGGUCAAUUGGAGUGAUGAUUCCGUUGAUUUUUAUUGGACCAACCAUCCUCAUGUUGAUCCAGUUGCAAUCCCGGUUGAAGGGUCUUUAAAAGCAUUAAAUUAUCAAGCAAAAGGUGGGAAAGGUAAAGAAAAAGAGCCGAAAAAGGAAAAACCAGAUAAAAAAGGAAAAGGUGCAGAUAAAGUGGAUGAUGAAAUAAAGCCUGAAGAUGUCCCACCACCAAGUAGUAGACUAAAAAUAAGCAAAAUUGAUGAAAUUCCACCGAUAGGAUUUCCUAAAACUAUUACGUGUCAAGUUGGUUUUGGUUUAAGAAGAUGUUAAGCUUUGUUAUUGUAUAUUAUUGUAUUUAAUAAAAAAUUAAAUAAUUUAAA